ACUGAGUGGAUUUAAAAAUGGGUAGCUCAUAUCUCAUUACGCAACUCUACUACAACAUAUCGCAAGUCCCGCAUGAUUUCACAACUUGAUCUCACGAUAUUUCCGUACUAUCUUCCCCCAACACCAUCGCAUCAGGUAUGUCAUCAGGUAUGUUGAAUCUAUUCCCGUCGCCACCUAUCCGCUUUUGCUUGUUUUUGGCGCUCAUAUUCUUUAUAACAAAGGUAUCAGUUACUACAAUAGUUCGGCCCCUUUCACUGGAUAUAGAACGAUACAUUAUUCUAGCACUUGUUCAUUACAUGCUUUCUGAUAUCGCGAUCGGCCAUAUUAUUAACCGCCUAACAUAACCGUCGUUUACCCCUGAUCUUGAUACUAUCACCGGCCCCAACGACAUUAUACCCUACCAUCAACU